AUGAGUGCUCAGCUGGUGGCGACUCAAAUGCUGAAGAAGAGGAGGAUGAAGAAUCUUAUCACGGAUCUAGGAGUAACACAUGUACCAGUAGUUCAAGCGGCAAGAUGGGAAACCUGCGUGGCUGCUGGAAGUAAAAUAAAACUACCUCAAGAUCUUUGCGAGCAUUCGUCUAUUUUUUAUGAAUUGCUCGAGUACCCGAAUAUUUGGCAAGAUUGUUUGAAUCAAGAACAACGUGAAUCUCUGAGUCGGUAUAUGCCAAAUUUUCCUACAGAUUGCGAUGUUGCUGCUGAGCAGGAAAAAACAUUAAAAAUGUUAUUUCAGAGGGAAAUCCACAGGUUUGGAGUAUCGCCACUUGAAUCGUUUCAUACUCAUCUUUCAUCAGGCCAUUUUAGACCUGACAUAAGAAGAAUGAGACGUUUGGUUCGUAAAGCUCAAAAAAGAAGAUUACUAUUCGAAGAACGUAAACGAACGUAUGAAUUAGCAAACCAAUUGUUUAAAUCGCGAGAAAAUUUGUUACUCAACGCUUACAAACAGGGCUUUAGUCAGCCAACGGCUCACCGUAUGUCUAAAUUACAUUGGCGUAAGCCUACGCCAGCUAUUUUGGAAGAAAAAACUCAAAUGCGCUACGUUGAAGAAUUGAACGCCGUAAAAGCAGAGCUUGGUAUCGCGCGAUUCGCUGACACGACGUCAGAGAAUGAAGAGAACUACCACCAGUUUCAGAUACCAAACACCAAACAAAAGAAAAAGCGAAAGAGCCCCGGUAUUCAAGCAACCCAAAUGCGUACUAACCAUCUGAAUACCGACGAUGAAGAAAUUCGACCAGUGUUUUCGACCCUCCAGCGCGAAGAAUUUACCCCGAAUCCUUCGUUUCUGGUGCGUGAAAUGAAUGAAGAUUUGUACCGGACCAUGCUAAUUGCUCAUAAACGGCGAAGAGCGCGGCAAGAUAUUCAUCCGGAGCUAAAUACCCAAGGUAUUGUGCUGGCUGAGUUGACUCAACGCGCUCAAGUCGGACAGAAACAUAAGUUAACGUUUAGCAAUCCGGUGCGUAUUAAUUCGCCCAAAAAACGGGUAAAAGUUGAGCCUAGUUUGUGUCCACCUGUGAUACCUAAUAAAUUAAUUCCAACUAGUUCAGCUGUUAAAACUGAGCUUGAUAGCAAUAAUUAUAGUUACAACAAUGCAAUCGAGGACAAUAAUCACGUGUUUAAUAAAGAAAUCGAGCCAAAAGUAUGUCAAGAAACAUUACGUUCAACUAAUAUUAUCCCUGUAAAAAUAGAGCCUACAGAUUCUUUUGAUAUUAGUCCGACAUCCGCUAAGAAAAAAAUUAAUGUUAUUACACCCAAGUACAAUAAACCAGUUGUCGUAGCCCCGGCACCGGUACCAAUACCAGAGCCGUUACCGCAGCUUCCAGAAAUAAAGAAAGAGCUCGAAGAGCUUGACUACAUGAGAACGGAAGUUAAAUCAGAGUAUAUUAUUCCGGAUGAAAUAAGCGCUGUAAGUGAAGAAGAAGAAGAAGAAGAGGAUCUUGACAGUAAAAAAGAACUUGAUCUGGAGAAUAUUGACAUGAUGCAGAUACCAAUACAACUUGACGACGGCAUUGAUAUUCUCGAUGACGUACAAGUACAGUGUGAAGACAAUCGUGUUAUAGGUAUGCCUGAUAAAAACAUAUCGAUAACCGCCGAAGAAGAUGAUAUCAGAAUAAACGGCAGCGGUGAUUUGAUGCAAGAAACUCAUACCUGUUUCUUUUCACUUUUAAGAGACGCAUUUGUUUCCAAAGGUGAGUUCCGUAUGAACACCGCCGAAGUUAAAGAUGCUGUUUCGCUGUGGCAAAAUAACCCAAUAUCGCCGUUGAAUGACUGGUACUCCCUGUCAAACUCUUGGUCGGCAUUGGUAUCAUCAGCACUGGGGUUCCUCGCGGGAGAACUGGUUUGCAUUCAAGAAACAGAUCAACAAGACUCGGAAUUCGUUCCCUAUUUGGAGAACAAAGGACGAGGGAUUUACGCGUGGAUCGGUGCUGGUAGAGACUCGGAUUCUCGACUGGCGGUUCUUUGUAAUCAAUUUUUGAUGUACCGAAAUGUUCUCAGCACUCCUAAGUUACCAUCAUUUACAGAAAGUACUCCCGUUAUCGUUCCUAUAAAAACUACAGCAGCACCAGUUAUGUACGGGAACGGAAGCAGCAAUGGCAGUGGUACGAAUAACGUUCGUAGUGGAAGCCCAGCUGUCGAGUCAAUUGGCGACGCAGCAGCAGCUAUGACGGAAUCGGAGCCACCUCGUGCUUUAUGUCCCACUGACUGGAAAGUACGUUUAUCAACACCGGAGGAGCGUGAAGAAUUCCAACGGCAAGAGAGGUUACGAUACGCGUCGCCUCAUAAAGCAUUUACUUACAAAAUGCACGGGUACGAGUCGGUGGUGGGUCCUGUUAAGGGAAUUUACCAUCACAACAUCGGUGCGGGUCUCACUAAACCGCGAGGUCACUCCUUGCUUGUCGCGGAUCGACCAAACUUUGUUACCAUUUUGGCGUUGGUGAGAGACGCGACUGCUCGACUUCCCAACGGUGAAGGAACUCGAGCUGAUAUUUGUAUGCUUCUCAAGGACUCGCAAUAUAUUAAGGAGUACAGUCCCAAUGACGGUGAGAAGUGUAAUGAAAAAGAUAAUUAUCUUAAUUCUGUAGUCUCCGGUGCGCUCGAUCGGCUUCACUAUGAAACAGAUCCUUGUGUAAGGUACUACCCUAGACGUAAAGAGUGGCUGUAUCUCCAUCGAGCGCGUUCCGAGUCUGAAUUUGAAAUGUAUCACCAGCAACUCCAGGGAGUGACGAAAACCAAGAAGAAUCCUGGGGGAAAUUCGCGCAAUAAAACUGUGCAGUUGAAUCAUAAGCUGAUGAACGGAAAAGAGCAGGUCCCGAAUGCUCUAAAAGAGUCGACACCGAAGAAAGAAAAGAAAAUAGCGUUGCAGACGCAAUUGAUUAUCAAGAAAGAGCCGAGAGUUCCAGAGGAUAAAAUUAGAAUAGACCAGUCGGUUUCUAUUGAGACACCUGUUACAAGUACAAUGUCUACUGUGAUUUCCACCGUGGCUCCUGUGACAUCCAGUGUUCCUCCAGUUAUAUUUUCUACGCCUGCAGUAGUUUCAAGUUCGACAAUUGAACGAGAUUCUGCUGCUGCUGCUGCUGCUGCUGCUGCUGCUGUUGUUGAGAUGAAACCGCAGAUAUCACCAGCGAUUCCUACAGUUAAAAAAAUGGGGUCUAUUAGUGGAAAACCGGUGACUGUUGUGAAGACAGCUGGUACCCAGAGUUUAUUGCAGUCGAAUCAACAUUUCCCACACCACCAAAUUCAGGUGUCAACUUCGGCGGGUGUACAGACAAUCAGGCUGUCCGGACCUUCGGUACUGCAGUCGGCCCAGGCUGUGUCGGCGAUAACGUCCAACGCAGGAACAUCUACGCCGAAUGUCACAGCUAUAUUUCCUACAGCUAAAAUUCAUAAUCAAGUUCAGCCAACUGUUUUAACGAAUCAAACGGGUAAAAGUAUUCUUCAGAAUACUAAUAUUAAACAGCAACAACAACAACAACAACAACAACAACAGCAGCAGCAGCAGCAGCAGCAACAGCAACAACAACAACCACCACAGCAACAGCAACAGCAACAUGUACUACCGGGAAAAACUCUGCUGGCUUCGCAGAUAAAACUAGUGAGCUCUGGACAAAUAAAAUCAUUGUUGACGGGUCAUGGUCUUCAAGGGCCUACAAUAUUUAUUAAACAGUCAUCACCAUCAGCUACCCAUGCCCAGCAAAUUCAACAAUUGAAGUUGGUAUCGCAAGCACAGGGAUCUCCGGGACAAACCAAAAUAGUUGUCAGUUCACAGCAAUCGCAAACACCAGGCGCCCAAACAGUACGAAUGGUUGCGGCUCAAUUAGCUGGAAAACCAAUAGUCCUGGCUAGUGCCAAUAAAGGCGUUGUCACAGGAAUCACUGGAGGUAAUAGCGUCGUCCUCGGUAAACAGUCGCCUCAACAACAGCAAGCAGGACAACAACAGCCAAUAAUUUUGCCAAGUCAUAUGUUAAAAGCUCUACAAGGGUUGAAGGUCAUACCAACACCAGCUGGCCUGAAAACUACUGGCACUGCUGUUUAUGCUCGUGUUCUUGCUUCAACGUCUAUUUCAGGUACUCAAACCACUCCGCAACAGCAGCACCUUCAGCAACAACAAUUUCAACAACAACAGCAGCAACAGCAACAGCAACAACAGCAGCAGCAGCAGCAACAACAACAACAGCAACAACAGCAGCAGCAGCAACAGCAACAACAGCAAAUAAUUCAGACGUCGCAGACGACAAGAAAUAAUCCGUACAGCGCACCGUGA